AUCGAUUAAACCGAUGUGCUGUGUGAGAGCUCCCUUGAGAAAUGCACGUAAAGGACUAUUAGUUGAAUCAUUGGUGACUCCCUGAUGUCUUUCAAAACUGUCCUUGGAAUUUUGGUUUGCGUCACUUUGAUAAUUUUCGUGUUCAGCCACGGGAUCCUAAAAUUCGGCAAUGACAAAGUACACCAGCGCUUCGAACCUGUUUCAGACAGGUGUACUGGAAAGACGAAAUCAACUGCUAGCUGUGAUAAGGUAACUCCGCAUCGGGCUCAAAUGACCUGCGACAAAUGGGUGGUGGUCACGACUAUCUUCAAUUUGACCGACGCCGUGAAAGACCUACUGAAGAUGCCAAAGUGGUGUCUGGUACUGGUCGGUGACAAGAAGGGCCCUACCACAGUAGUUCCGUCAUUUCCCAAUCUGAUCUUUCUAGACGUUGCCUGGCAAGAGCGCUGUCCGUACCAUAUCUGCCAGCAUAUUCCAUGGAAUCAUUUCAGUCGCAAAAACAUUGGCUUCAUGUACGCCGUGGCUAACGGGGCCAAGUGGAUCUACGACACCGACGAUGACAACUUCCCGAAGUUUCCGGUGUCAGAGCCGCUUCUGGAUUCUUCGAUUAAAUUUGAUUUGAUACAGGUCGCCGGGCACGUGUACAAUCCCUACAUUCCUUAUAUAAAACCCAACACAACCUUUUGGCCGAGGGGGUUGCCGCUGGAUAAAAUCAAGGAUUCCAACACGAAAAACAUGAAAGUGAUUGGUACCGUCAAGCCGGAAAAAGUCGCGGUGAUCAACUAUUUAGCCCAAACCGACCCCGACGUGGACGCCAUCUAUAGACUGACGCAGAAAAUUCCUUUUCAGUUCGAGAUGGUGGAGAAGUAUCACGCUCUACCGCAUUACAUCAUGUCGCCCUACAACGCCCAGGCAACGAUGCAUGCACAGUUCGCCUUCUGGGGUCUGCUCCUGCCGGCAAGCGUAGACGGGCGCGUGUCGGAUAUUUGGCGGUCAUAUUUUACGCAACGCUUAGUCUGGGACACCGACGGUCACAUCGCUUUCGGUCCGCCAUACGUCAAUCAAAUCCGUAACGCGCAUUCGUAUAUGGUUGAUUUUCACAAUGAAAUGGAUGUCUACUAUAAAGCCAGCCGACUGAUCAACUUCCUGGUGAACUGGAUCCCGAAAACCGUUUCGUUGGCGCAGAACAUGAUCGAUCUUUACACAGAGCUCUACCAAAUCGAUAUUAUCGGGCGGACGGAUAUCGAUUUAGCCCUGGCCUGGAUACGUGAUUUGGAAUGUGUCGGCUAUAUCUUUCCGCCAGUCAAAGUUGCGAAAGACUACGUGUAUCUAAUACAAGGCGCAAGCGUCACGAUGCUCGAUCAACUUGUGUCAAACUCAAAUCGGGAUGUUCUAUGGCUGACAUACUCGUCGGAGUCUGGCGAUUUAUACUGGCCUAAUAGCACGUGGACCACUGGGAGGAAUCUUCUGCUGGAACACGCCGUUGAACGUGGGAGUCGAAUGUCGAAGAAGGGUUAUAAGUAUUUCAUAUUUCUCGACGACGACACUACAUUGUCGUUCAGUUAUUAUGGUCGUAGGUGGAAAAGUGAACGCGGUUGCAAUAGCGACGUUGUGUGGACGUGCUUUGAACAGUUCUUGGGCGCUCACGUGCCGGCAAUCAGCUAUCCACAUUACACACAGCAAGGACAUCAUUUCUAUAACAAGAAGUCACUUGUUAAUUCAAAUUACCAUUUUGAUGCAAUGAUGGUGGCUUAUCACCGUGACACAUUAUCUUUCCUACUGCCCUACAGUACUGAGUUUGAAGCACAAUCCUGGUGGGCAUCGAGUGUUAUCAAUAAUGGUCUGGCCAACAUGUUGUAUAGCUCAAGCAGGUAUCAGUACAAUGUUCUUCAUAGUACCAAUUCGAGACCAGGUCAUCCGGGCAAUACUAAAUACAAGGCGGAUAACAAGCGAUCAACUCAAUUACAAUUCCUGCUAUCGGCCCUUCUGCCAAUUGUCGAUGGAAAGCCGAAUCCGUUGUUGAACAGUACCUCGCCAAAUUUGCGAAUGAGGAUUCAUGGAAAGCCCAAUCUGAAGAAAAAUAAAACCUACAUCGUGGACUACGCGUUCAUUAAGAAGUAUUUUAACCUCGAUCAUAGGUUUUCGCAAAGUAGACUGAACUGGCUUAAAAAAUCUGUGAUUAAAAGAAUUCUAUUCCGGGGCAAAGACGUAACCGAAUUUGACAAUUCAUUUAAUCCUGAUUUUUCCUAUCCAAUAUAACUGUAGUAUCAUUUGCCUCGUGUUUCGAUCACCUAACUCACUAACACCCACUUUGUGGAAAUUGCAACUUGAAAUUGAGACAUUAACGCCUCCUGUCAAGUACGUAUAUUUUAGACUGAUUAUAAUGGCUGGUAAUGGAAAGUGGCUUAUACUUUUCGAUGGGGUUUCGUCCUACAAAAUCACAUCCUUACUAAUAGUAAUAUAAUUCUUUAGUCUUAGAAAAAUAUGCCAUUUAAAAAAGUGAUACAACUCUUUAAAGGUACAUGUAGCAAGACUACUUUGACACCCUGUACUCGACUGUGAGUAUGGCAGCGGCACAAUCCCCGGAACGCCAACGUGAGCGCCUAUCUCAAUGUUCGACCUCGUGAUAACGAAGUCGAACAAUAGGAUAGGCAUUCACGUGAACGUUUCGGGGGCUUUGCGAAAACUCCUUAAUAAUGACUUUCAGCAAUGUCAAAACGUACACGAUGAUAGAAGUCUCAAUUUAGCUGCAAAUGCAAGUUAAAUUGUUCAAUAUCACACGUAUAUACUGCUUCCCGCAUAGACAUCUUUCGUUUUUCCGUAUACUGAUGCGAUAUCACUUGUCCGAACUAAACAAACUCAUGACGUCGUGCACAAAACUGUAGGGAUACGUUAUACGGGCAGGAGAUUCGACUUGGCUGAAAGUCUCUAAUUUCUGCACAAAAGUUAAUGACCAUCAAACCAUUGUAGCUCUAUGUCACUUCUGCCUUGGGCUGGGUUAACAUAGCGCUGCACAUGAUGCCGUCAAACCGGCGGACAAUGAUUGCAUGGUCAUGAACAAGUUGUUGUAAAGCCAUUGUUCACCUGCGUGUCCGAAAACGGAAAAGAUUCGGCCUCGUGAUCCUGGCGACCGCGAGUCGCUGCUUGGUUCUUCAAGUGAGCGCCUUCUGGUUGCUCCUUGAAACCCCUGAUUGAUUUAUGUGGAUAUAUGGUUAAUAUUAUGAUAUCUCAAAGGCGCUUUGAUCAGGCAAGAUUCCCUCCUCUAUACAAGUCCGACAUCUCACAAGUCCGAAGACCAGCCGUACGUCUGUGAGGGCACUAACAUUGGAAUAACGCUAAAAGCAGUAGUUGGUUUUAGGGUUGGCCGUUAGGCGCCGCAGGCUCAUGUGCGCGUGUUAGCUGCGCGCGCACUAGCUGCCCUGAGACUGUGUAUUUAAGGUGUAAAUAAAUGCACGUGUAUAAACACAGACAUGACAUGUCAGCCGGCUUUUUCAAACGAGGGAGAUUGAACAUGAAAACAAGACAAAACAUAACAUAAAAUUUGCAUCAAUCGAUAUUAAACCUUGACCAGAGCCUACAUCGUCGCAAUGUCUUGGGCUAGCUAGUAGAAAUCCGAGAAUGUCUGAUUUAACGAGCAGAAAAUGUUAGAAUCACGGUGCUGCCCUGAUCACGCCCACUUCUGUGUAUUGACUAUUGGGAAUUUUGUGUGUUCCAACACUAACCCUAACCCUGAUAACCUCACCAGUUGCUCAAAAACUGCAUUGAUGGUUCGGUAAAGGUAGGAAAUAUAAUAAUAUUACAUGAAACAUGGCUUUAUAUUGAAAUAAAAGUUUUUUCAUAUGAUAUAAAGUCACUUAAGCUAAGGACACUUUAACUUUGUCACAUCCUUCCUCCUUGUCUGUUUUAACACUUUCUCUGAUUUCAUUUGUGAUUUAUCCCAAGGUCUAUUGUUUUUCUGUUACAAAGGCGAUAUGUAGUGUUCAUUUAUGCAUGGAAAACUGGUUUGAAUGCAAAAACCACACUUGAGUUAUUUUUUAACAAAAACAAAUGAUGUGGAAGACAAAAUUGUGACUGUCCUUCAGAAAAUGGCAUUUUCAACUCGUUCGGCACCACCAACAACCGAGAAAAAUGUAAGAUACCGUUUGUCUUGAAUUAGAUCUGUGCAGAAUUGGGAAUAUAACAGGAAAUUGUCCCAGUGGAUGAGGUGAUUUUAGGCAAUUCUUAGGCGUAUUGCAUUAGGUCUUAUUUUGGCCCUUUUUGACCGAUCUAACCCUUAUAUUUUCUGUAAUUCACACUGAACAACUUACUUUUAGUCCGUUUCAUCAUUUGUAAUCCCCUCAUACCAAAAACAGAUAAAAAAAACUAUAAUUCAUAAUUUUAGGUUUUUCGGUUAACUUUCACUGAAAAUCCUUAUACCCAACCCUUAGUACCUGAUUUAUCAGUGGAAUAUGGCAACUAUACUUUUUUUGGUGGAAAUGAUCAGGAACAGUCAUUUAUUCAUAUAAAACUGGUAUAUAUGUCCAUCGCACGGUAAAUUUGUUUUUUAAUUGAAAUUUUUUGAAAAUAGCCCCCAAAAGUACCCCACCCAAUAUUGAAAGGGUCCAUUUGAACACUCCAAACGUAGUCGAUUUGCACCGAAUGUAAAUAAUGUUGAGAUCUAUGCCCUACCAACAAAAUAUGAUGAAAUGGAAACAUUCGUAAUGAUUUUAGCUGUAAUUUCAGCCAUUAUCUAAAGAGCCCCUUCCGCCGCCUCUUUUCUGUUAUAUUCCUGAUGGAGACAAGUCUUCAGUGUGCUGUCCCAAUCAAUCAACAAGAUAGUCUCAUAGAGAUGAUAUUUAUAGAGACAAGUAUUUAGUGUGCCCUCCCAAUAAGCCAACAAAAUGUCGCAUGGAGGUGUCACUUAUGGACACAUGACUGUCUUGUCUCAAUCAGUCAACAACAUUGACAUAAAGAGAUUCCCUUUUGGAGGCAAGUCUUCGAUGUGCUGUCCCAAUCAGCAAGGUGUCCUCAUAUAGAUGUCACUUAUGGAAACAUAGUCUUGUCUCAAUCAGAAUACAAGAUGGUAUCAACAAGAUGUCCCUUUUGGAGGCAAGUUUUCGGUGUGCUCUCAAAGGGAUGCCACCAGAGACAGGUCUUCAAUGUGCUGUCACAAUCACCCAACAAGGUGUCCUCGAACAUAUGUCACUUAUGAAUAUGAAUAUGAAUAUAUGAAUAUGAAUAUGAAUAUGAAUAUUUAUUCGACCAACAAAAUUUACAAGGUGCAUUAAUGAAAUACAUAAUAUUGAUUGUGGUCGGGAGCAGAACAAGACCAGAUUGGCCGCUUAAUGCCUGCUCCCUUAUGAAUUACAUGUAGUACAAUGUUAAUUAUUAUAUACAGGAUUUACAAUUUAA